GGCCAGGAAAGGUAUAACAUGCCUGAUAUGGUAUGCUCCUCAAAGAAGGGGAAGUUGAACAUGACUUGCAUCUGGCUCUGGUCCAUCACCUGCAGCCGCAUCUUAACUAAGUACUGACAGCAACGACAAAGAGUCAUCAUGUCUUCCGUUGAGAUCAUCCAGGACCCGGCUCAACCAUCUCGCUUGCCACGAUCGGCCUCCAAUCCCAAGCCAAAGGGCAUCCUCAAGAACGCAGCGCCACAACAACCAGGUUCACAAACGCACAGCCUGCAAUGGGACGAGGAGAAUCUUGCGUUGACUGAGAUCCAGAAAGACAGUCUUAUGAAGAUUACGGAACCCAAAACGCCAUACGUACGGUAUAACGCUGAAACUGAUCAAUUUGAGGGCGAUAUUCCAUCGCUUGACCUAGGCGGGCGCGUACCCUCGCCAAUCGAGUAUAUAUCGUCCUCUCCGCGAUCGGUAUCACCGACAGGCGCAGAUACAUCGGGGCCGUCUUCUCGCAGAACGUCUCUCAGCAGCGCGGGGCGUCCUUCAUCUAGAAGAUCAGCCAGUACUGCAUCUAGCAGGAGCACGAGCUUUAAUCUCCCGAGUGAGGCUAAAGCCGAGAUAAGAGCCAUACAAGGCAAUCCAGGUGAAGAAGUCGAAACGGAGGAGGAGAUGGAUGAGGAAGCUGCUGCUAAACACGCGGCUUUCGUACGAGCCAGAGGGCGGCACUAUUCUAACGAAGCAGAAGCGAUGAAGCGAGCGGCGAAGAUGAUGGAUGACGAAGAAGAAGAAGCAAGUGCUUCAGAGGCCUCAGUACUUGCGGACGGCACUGAGGAAAUCGCAGUCAACGGCGCUGUUCAUGGUAACUGAUACAACAUAUGCUCUCGUGGUUUCUGGAGGGAGUAGAUGGCGGGCAUGCUCAUGAACUUUGAAUUCUUUCACAGGUAUAUAUUGUAUUUUUACCAGAAUAUUAUCAUCCUUCGAGUUCAUUUGGUUGUACCCUACCACUCACUAUUCUGCGGAGAGGAAGUUAAGAACCGGU